GGUUAUCGUAAAACUUGCAAGUCUAAAAUUCUCUGCUUUUGCCUUCAAAGACCUUGGAUUAAUAUUAUAAUAGUAACAUAUUGGUUUUAUUGUCACUAAUUCCCUUCAUUUGCUGAGAUUCCAAUUUGCGGCUGCUAUUACCAUGCGACGAGUCAGACUAAAAGUAGCACCUAAUUUGGUGUCGGGUCCCCGGUCGUCUAAAGUUGCAAUUACAAACGUUGGUGAUGGCCCAAAUGAUAAAGAACCAACACCCAGCGUUGAUGACCCAGUUGCUGACCAAGAUUUACCAACACUGCCAAAUUCUUUAACUGUAGAAGUUAAAAAUGUAGAUAGCUCAACAUCUCAUGUUGCAGUCGUACCUCCUCCUACCAAAUCUGAAAUGGCCACAGAACCAUCAGCUCAAGAAGUCACAGCUCACUGUGUAGAUAAAGAGAAUGUUAUUACAGGAGUAUCUGAUGAAGUGUCAAGUGAAAAUCUAGUCAACGCUGCAGCCAAUGAGCAAAACACCAGUGCGUCUUCUUUUUCCCGUUAUAAGGCUAGAAACAAAGUUCGUCCAGUCAUUAGAGAUGCCCCUCACCGCAUCAGAACCUUCUCUAGUGCUAGUGAGUCUGAAGAUGAUGCAGCAAAGAGGCAAUCUAGAACACCACUUUCCCCUGUAAAGAAAUCACCUAGCAAAAUGGAUAAUGUUGAAGCAGCACCCUUACCAACAACAAAAACUGUGACAGAGAAGGGAAAAAAAGGAAAGCGGAAACGUAAUGAGAAGACUCCUCUUGAGAUGAAAAAAGCAAUUAUGAGGCAGAAGCUCUUUUGAACUUAAUUUGCAAAUGGUCAAGUGGACAGAAAGCAGCUGACCAUGUUUGAUUUAAUUUACUACAAUCCAGCAGAUGGAGAUAGACCACCGAACGCGACAGAAAAAUUGCAAAUGCGACUCAAGCCGUACGAGAUUGAAGCACUUUCACAAGAAAACCAAGCUGAGAGAGAUGAAAGCACUGGUAACGCUAUUUUGGAUGAGAGGUUAGCUGAAGAAGAAGAAAUGCGUCAGAUGGAAGGAAAUCCACAGACCGAGAUAGACGAAGAAGACAAACAACCAGAAGAGACAGAGGAGGAUAAACAGAUAGCGGAAGUGGAGGAGGUGGAAGAAGAAGAAGAAGAGGAAGAUGCCAUGCCCGUUCCACAAGUUCGUUUAGGACCGGAUGGUGAAAUCAUAUUGGAUGAACGAAGCUUGGUAAUUGACACCAGCGAAACGAAAAGAAACAAGAGCCAGUUGGCGAAUGCCCCCAUCAUAAUUGAAAAUUCUUCUACAACUGUAAAUUACGGUUCGUGGCGCAAGAGACCCCGUGCUGGUCGUUGGAGUGUGAAAGAAACGGCUCGCUUCUAUCGAGCGUUAAAUAUGUUGGGUACAAAUUUUUCGUUGAUGGUGAAGCUCUUUCCUGGCCGUGAUCGCAUUGAUCUGAAGAGGAAGUUUAAAUCUGAAGAGAAAACGAACCCUACUUUAGUCGAUAAAAUAAUAGCCACCCAGAUACCGUUUGAUAUUUCCCAGUUUAUGGAUGUAGAAGUAGAUGAAGAUUCAAGUGGCAAUGAAAGUACAAGCAAAGAAUCAUCAAAGAAAAAAACUGCCGGUAAAGCUGCUAAAACGCGCCAAUCAUCUAAGACGACAAGCAAAGAACCUAAAAUGAAGAGGAAAGAGAAAACUGUGAAAAAUUCGCAUAUCCAAGAAACAGUAAAUGACGAUGAGGGUGAUCCAGAGGAAGCGUUAGGUGAACGUCUAGAAUCUCCUGCUGAAACAAUACCAAGCGAAAAUUCAGAAGAAGAAGUAGAACCCCCUCGAAAAGAACGAAAGAAAUUGCGAGUAACCGAAUCUGAUGAAUCACCGGUUGGAAGUAGAAAACCUGCAGGGUCUCGAAUCCGCAAAAUAAAAGGAAAGAAAAUUGUCUCGCAAUGUGAUUCCGAUGGAGAUUAUCCAACAAGUGAAAAUGCGGUCGCCAAACAGCCAGCUGGCCUAAAGAAGAAUGCUCAUCCAACUUCUCCCAAUAACCCGCUUGACAACUUACUGAAUUCGCCCCUAGGACAAAUCGGUUUAGAGCAAGGUGGGUUAACUGUCGUUGAAAAUCCUACAGCAUCCAAGCAGGCGCCUUCUUUUCUAGUCCCACCGGCUUUGGCCGAAGCCAAUCCCGCUUUUGCUCAAGCCGAACCCGGAAGUUUAGUUUUAGUGUCCGAGCCUAACCCCGGGGAUCCAAACAAUCAAUUAGUUCAUGUCUACCGUAUUUCGGAACCCGUAAAGCCAGUACCAUUGUAAGUAUUCCUGUACUACUUAACCGGUUAGCUUCGCUUUUUUGUAUUUAUGUAUGUUUGUUGCCAUCUGAAGUUUAUUUUCUUCCUACUAUGAAUUAUUAGGUCAUAAUGUAAGGUAACAGCGUAUAUUUAUACAUGGUUGUUAAUUUAAAAUGUCCAGUAGGUACAUUCCACGGAGAAGUAAGAAAGAAGUGCUUAAAUCAGUUGUAAUGAAACGUAAUAUUACAAGAAACUCAGAAUGCU